CCGAUAUUUGCGAAUACAGUCUAGACGUUUUAACGAUUAAUAUUGUCUGCAUUUUUUAACGUUCACUCCACAAUUUCAACAGUGCUCGUAAGAAUCUUGUGCAAAGGAAGUGAAACUGACUGCUGCCUGCAACAAACAAAGUUUGAUAGCUUAUCAAAACAGAUAAUAGAUAACAAUUUGUAGCUAGGCAUAUUGAAAGGUGCAAAGCUUGGUUGCCACCCCAUUCAACGGUAGGUAUCUGAACUGAACAGUAGUAUUCUUGCAGCAGGUGGUGAGUUCAGAUACCUUGCUGCAAAAUGUAUCACUUUGUUUUAUUUCUUUUGAUUUUCACCGUUUUACAAGCAGCUGCGAAUUCAGUUGAUCCAGCCAAAACUAUAAGAUGUCUCCUGCUAAAAGAUUAUCAGAAAUCCUGCAAUGUACUCGGAGGCCAUCCUGUUCCAAGCCAUCUAAUCCAGAUUUUCCAAGAACUACCGCAGGCGACCAGAGAGAAAUUGGAAUCGAAUACUGUGUACUGGAACCUUACUUCCAAGGAAUACUCCAUGAUACAUCCUUCUUUCUGGCUUUUAACAUCGGUUGAGAGGUUAUCGAAGUUUCCAGGCUCCAAACUGUCAUCCGUGAUUCUCCACUGGCCCAAUGAAUCCUCUGUGGCUGCUCAAGUGAUGCAUUCGUUGAGAACCACUGAUCAGAAAAAGGAUUUCAUUUCUGGGCUAAAUCCGAAGAGUACGUCAUUAUCGGACAGAGUGCAGUCGGUUAUAUCGGCAGCUCUGAUCAAUUGGGAUGAGGCAGAAUGGGAUUUGCCAGUUCUUGUUCAUAAUGCCAACUCACUUUUGCUGCACUUCCCUGCUGAGUAUCUGCUCAUUUCUUCAAGACCGAAAUCUAGUGAACGCUUGUAUGUAUAGACACACGCAUUAUUUUAUCAAAAAUAUAAUUGAAUUUCUA